AUGGAAGCAGGCUACAGUUCACAAACAGUCUCAGAUUCUCCUUAAAGACCUAAACUUUAAAAUAAGACACCUACAAAUGUCCUAUUAACUAAUGAUACAUCCGAAAAUAGCUUUAGAUCCAUUAUAUCUAUUGAAGAAUUCAAUGUGUACGAGGAGAAAUAAGCAAUAAACUCGCCAAAGAGUCUCUAUGCUUUAACUACUAAUUCAAAUAGGCCCAUUUAAAGAUACGCUGAUAGGAACAAAUAACUUCCUAAGGAAGUAAUUAAGCUGAGAUUUGAAUUUUUUGAAAACAAGAGACUUGAGAUGAUCAAUUCUGUAAAAAAGGCUAGAUAAAAAAUAAUUGAAGAGCUUAAAUAAAACGGUUCUAACUAGAGUCAUAUUGAAUAAGCAGUUGCUCCCUUGUAGCCUAAAAUAUUUGGUAAUGCAGGUUUUAAUAUGAAACUAGGAAUAGCCCCAAAUAGAAGUCAAGCUGAUUUAAGUCAAAUGUCAGGUGGGUCUAGGAUGGGGUCAAGUGCCUAGAUUGACCAUGCAGUUCAAAGAGAUAGAGAGUUAUUCCAAAAGUAAAUGGAAAUUUGCGAGAGGACUAGAUAAAAAGAAGCUAAGAUGUUUCGGGACUAAAUUAAAAGCAGAUAAAUUCAAAUAAGACUGAAAGGAGAUCAAGAGAAGAAAUAUAGAGAUGAGAUAGAGAGGGCAAAAAUACUGACAGAAAUAGAGAAAAAAGAGAAGUAGUACCAGUGGAAAUCAUUUAUAAAAAGACUGCAAAAGAGAAAAGAAGAGGAGAAAUUAGCUGAAUAUAAGAAGUAGCUACGAAAAGAAUUGAUGCAAGAAAGAGAUAAAUUGAGAUAAGAAAAGUUCAUUAUUUGUCAAGAGAGAAAUGAGCAAAUAAUGGAAAUGAACAGAAGUAGGAUAAUUUUCGUGCAUGAAAAGCACGAGAAGAUGCUGUAAAACCUUGAGGAAAAAAAGAGAGUGUUUUAAUUAACAGCUCGAGAAAAAAAAUAAGAGAAGGAGUAAUUUAAACAGAAAGUUUUUGAAAAUUUGCAAAAGCAAGAAUAGGAGAAGGAAAAAGGCUGGUUUUUAAAGUAAAUUGAGGAAAAGGAAAAAGAGAUGAGAAUUAAAAGGGACAAGGAAAGGCUUAUCAAAGAAUAGAUAUUGAGGGCUUAACAGCAAGAUAGAAAAAUCAAAGAGGCAUUAGUGUUAUCUGAGAGGAAGGAUAAUGAGAGAAAGGAAAAUUUACUGUAUAAAUAGAGCGAAGCAAGUAUGAGAUUGGAGAGGUAAAGAUCUCGUUAAAGAUUCUAGGAACAGCUUAAAAAGGAAAUGUUUAAUCUCAAAAAUAUGAGCAAAGACUUUAAUCGUUAAAGAGCAUCACGUAGACAUGAAUUCAAAAAAGAGCAAUUAGUUUCCAAGCUUGAUUAAGAUCAAAGCAGAUACAGUGCUCUUGUGGACGAGAGAAAUUACUUGAAAGAGGUAAGAAUCAAGACUCUCAUUGAAAGUGAAAUUCAAAGAGAAAAUAUAAAGAAUGCCUUAUACCAGAUGUCAGUAUGGAACACCUUUGAUCCAAAGAUUAUAUUCCAUAUUAUGGGAAAGGAAAGAUAUUACGAAGGCUAAGGCAUUGGAGGAGGAGAUCUUACGAUUGAAGAGUUAGUCAGAAAAACAGCUGUCAGCUAGUAAAGACAGAGAAAAGUAAACAGACAUCUAUUCUCCAGUAGUUUAGGAUUUCAAUCGAUGGGAGGUGCUACUUAGCCAAGCACUAGUGUUCCACUAACAGAAAGAGGGAAUUACUUUAAGGUAUCGAGCUCUACAAAUCUUUUCGGUUUUGUCAGUCCCCCUAAGACAAAUCUAGGUCACUAUGAAAAUCAAAGCGCAGAGGACAUAUCUUUAGCAGGUGGAAAUGAAGAUACUCCUUAACUAUAUUAAAAAGGUGCUCUUGAAAGAGAAUAGCAUUCACUAAGAAAUUAAUCAAGUGAGUAAAUUGACCAUUUAUAGGGCUCCACUUUUAUGAGACAUUCUCACGCUAAUUCAGUUGCAGAGAAUGAGAGAUAACAAAAUUCUUAUUAAAAUAAUCUUGAUGAUAGCCACUCAGGACUUACUUAUGAUGUAAAAAUACCUAAAAACAAAAAGAAACCUAAAUAAAUAGUUUAAUAGUAAACUUUCGCUCAACGCAAUGAUCAACAAGAAAUUGAAUAGGAUUAGGAUAUAGUGUAAAAAGAUGAAUAAGAAAAGUAAUAAUAAAUGCAAGAAAAAUAUGAUUAAAUCGAAUAUCUGAACCAUCAUUUUCCUACUGAAGAAUAAACGACAAAAGAUUGA